GUAUGUCUUCAAACAGCUUCCGUACUUUUGUUCCCAUGUGAACGCAGCAGAAGGUCAGACAUGGCAGCGAAGGGGCUCGACAAAUGUUUCUUUUCUCUGAGGUUGUUACGAAACCUGCAGCUCCGAAAUGAACGGCUCGUGUCCACGUCUGCGUGUCGUCUGGUCGAUGAUAAAUUCAUCCCUCCAUCUAAACCUGUCAUCAUAGAUAAAACACAGAGUGUGGCAUCUCUGCGCAAGUUUCUGAGUCCAGAGUUCGUCCCUCCCAGACAGAGGACAAACCCUCUGAAGUUCUCCAUCGAGAGGAAAGACAUGAUCCGCAGGAGGAAAGUGCUGAACAUCCCUGAGUUUUACGUAGGGAGUAUCCUGGCUGUGUCCAUGGCUGACCCUCAUGCCAGUGGGAAAGCCAACCGCUUUGUUGGGAUCUGUAUCCAGAGAGGAGGAAAAGGGCUGGGAGCCACAUUUGUCCUGAGGAACAUCAUUAAUAACCAAGGUGUGGAGAUCUGCUACGAGCUGUACAGCCCUCGCAUCCAGAGUGUCGAGGUGCUGAAGCUGGAGAAGAGGCUGGACGACAACCUGAUGUACCUGAGAGACGCUCUGCCCGAGUACAGUACUGUGGACCCGGACAUGAAGCCUGUGCCCUUCUCCCCGACCGGAGAGGUUCCAGUCAACAACAUUAAAGUAAGAAUGCGCCCAAAGCCGUGGUCCAAACGCUGGGAACGACCCAAGUUCAACAUCCAGGGCAUUCGCUUUGACCUGUGCCUGACCCCAGAGAAGAUGGAGCACGCCCAGAAGUGGGCAGAGCCUUGGCGGGAGUACGACAUGCUGAAGGAGUACGACACCUCCAAACUGGAGGAGCAUCUCCUCGACGAGUUUCAGCAGGAGAUGAGCAAGUGAGGACGAUCCUCCUGAGACGUGCUUCAGUUUUACCAUCGACAGACUUUUCUUUCAGGAAGAGGGAACAGACUGGAAUAUGAGAUUUGGAAGGAUGUGGAACGGUCUGCUGGACUGUGAUCAGUUUUAGGUCGAUCCAGAUGGUUUACUCCAGCUGCACCCAGUGCACGUAAGGAGGAAACUGAGGAGUCAUGCCUUCUUCUUUUUGUCUCAUCAGUCUGCUGUACAGUAUACGAGCUCUCAGUGUCACUGGCCUUAGUUGUGACACUGACACAAGCGGUUUAUAUAAUAAAAGCUAUCAAACCUCCAAA